AUGGAGUGUGGCGGCGGGUGGAGCGUGGAGUGUGGCGGCGGGUGGAGCGUGGAGUGUGGCGGAGGGUGGAGCGUGGAGUGUGGCGGCGGGUGGAGCGUGGAGUGUGGCGGAGGGUGGAGCGUGGAGUGUGGCGGCGGGUGGAGCGUGGAGUGUGGCGGCGGGUGGAGCGUGGAGUGUGGCGGCGGGUGGAGCGUGGAGUGUGGUGGUGGGUGGAGCGUGGAGUGUGGCGGCGGGUGGAGCGUGGAGUGUGGCGGAGGGUGGAGCGUGGAGUGUGGCGGUUACUCUUCCCCAUACAAUGCCUCCCAGGGUUACUCUUCCCCAUACAAUGCCUCCCAGGGUUACUCUUCCCCAUACAAUGCCUCCCAGGGUUACUCUUCCCCAUACAAUGCCUCCCAGGGUUACUCUUCCCCAUACAAUGCCUCCCAGGGUUACUCUUCCCCAUACAAUGCCUCCCAGGGUUACUCUUCCCCAUACAAUGCCUCCCAGGGUUACUCUUCCCCAUACAAUGCCUCCCAGGGUUACUCUUCCCCAUACAAUGCCUCCCAGGGUUACUCUUCCCCAUACAAUGCCUCCCAGGGUUACUCUUCCCCAUACAAUGCCUCCCAGGGUUACUCUUCCCCAUACAAUGCCUCCCAGGGUUACUCUUCCCCAUACAAUGCCUCCCAGGGUUACUCUUCCCCAUACAAUGCCUCCCAGGGUUACUCUUCCCCAUACAAUGCCUCCCAGGGUUACUCUUCCCCAUACAAUGCCUCCCAGGGUUACUCUUCCCCAUACAAUGCCUCCCAGGGUUACUCUUCCCCAUACAAUGCCUCCCAGGGUUACUCUUCCCCAUACAAUGCCUCCCAGGGUUACUCUUCCCCAUACAAUGCCUCCCAGGGUUACUCUUCCCCAUACAAUGCCUCCCAGGGUUACUCUUCCCCAUACAAUGCCUCCCAGGGUUACUCUUCCCCAUACAAUGCCUCCCAGGGUUACUCUUCCCCAUACAAUGCCUCCCAGGGUUACUCUUCCCCAUACAAUGCCUCCCAGGGUUACUCUUCCCCAUACAAUGCCUCCCAGGGUUACUCUUCCCCAUACAAUGCCUCCCAGGGUUACUCUUCCCCAUACAAUGCCUCCCAGGGUUACUCUUCCCCAUACAAUGCCUCCCAGGGUUACUCUUCCCCAUACAAUGCCUCCCAGGGUUACUCUUCCCCAUACAAUGCCUCCCAGGGUUACUCUUCCCCAUACAAUGCCUCCCAGGGUUACUCUUCCCCAUACAAUGCCUCCCAGGGUUACUCUUCCCCAUACAAUGCCUCCCAGGGUUACUCUUCCCCAUACAAUGCCUCCCAGGGUUACUCUUCCCCAUACAAUGCCUCCCAGGGUUACUCUUCCCCAUACAAUGCCUCCCAGGGUUACUCUUCCCCAUACAAUGCCUCCCAGGGUUACUCUUCCCCAUACAAUGCCUCCCAGGGUUACUCUUCCCCAUACAAUGCCUCCCAGGGUUACUCUUCCCCAUACAAUGCCUCCCAGGGUUACUCUUCCCCAUACAAUGCCUCCCAGGGUUACUCUUCCCCAUACAAUGCCUCCCAGGGUUACUCUUCCCCAUACAAUGCCUCCCAGGGUUACUCUUCCCCAUACAAUGCCUCCCAGGGUUACUCUUCCCCAUACAAUGCCUCCCAGGGUUACUCUUCCCCAUACAAUGCCUCCCAGGGUUACUCUUCCCCAUACAAUGCCUCCCAGGGUUACUCUUCCCCAUACAAUGCCUCCCAGGGUUACUCUUCCCCAUACAAUGCCUCCCAGGGUUACUCUUCCCCAUACAAUGCCUCCCAGGGUUACUCUUCCCCAUACAAUGCCUCCCAGGGUUACUCUUCCCCAUACAAUGCCUCCCAGGGUUACUCUUCCCCAUACAAUGCCUCCCAGGGUUACUCUUCCCCAUACAAUGCCUCCCAGGGUUACUCUUCCCCAUACAAUGCCUCCCAGGGUUACUCUUCCCCAUACAAUGCCUCCCAGGGUUACUCUUCCCCAUACAAUGCCUCCCAGGGUUACUCUUCCCCAUACAAUGCCUCCCAGGGUUACUCUUCCCCAUACAAUGCCUCCCAGGGUUACUCUUCCCCAUACAAUGCCUCCCAGGGUUACUCUUCCCCAUACAAUGCCUCCCAGGGUUACUCUUCCCCAUACAAUGCCUCCCAGGGUUACUCUUCCCCAUACAAUGCCUCCCAGGGUUACUCUUCCCCAUACAAUGCCUCCCAGGGUUACUCUUCCCCAUACAAUGCCUCCCAGGGUUACUCUUCCCCAUACAAUGCCUCCCAGGGUUACUCUUCCCCAUACAAUGCCUCCCAGGGUUACUCUUCCCCAUACAAUGCCUCCCAGGGUUACUCUUCCCCAUACAAUGCCUCCCAGGGUUACUCUUCCCCAUACAAUGCCUCCCAGGGUUACUCUUCCCCAUACAAUGCCUCCCAGGGUUACUCUUCCCCAUACAAUGCCUCUCAGGGUUACUCUUCCCCAUACAAUGCCUCCCAGGGUUACUCUUCCCCAUACAAUGCCUCCCAGGGUUACUCUUCCCCAUACAAUGCCUCCCAGGGUUACUCUUCCCCAUACAAUGCCUCCCAGGGUUACUCUUCCCCAUACAAUGCCUCUCAGGGUUACUCUUCCCCAUACAAUGCCUCCCAAGGUUACUCUUCCCCAUACAAUGCCUCCCAGGGUUACUCUUCCCCAUACAAUGCCUCUCAGGGUUACUCUUCCCCAUACAAUGCCUCCCAGGGUUACUCUUCCCCAUACAAUGCCUCCCAGGGUUACUCUUCCCCAUACAAUGCCUCCCAGGGUUACUCUUCCCCAUACAAUGCCUCCCAUGGUUACUCUUCCCCAUACAAUGCCUCCCAGGGUUACUCUUCCCCAUACAAUGCGUCCUAUAAACAAAUUUGUAAAUAA